AUGGCGUCUACUCCAGAAGUGGCUGCGCUCGCCAGCGAUGCAAAGAAGCCGACUCUCGACCAGUCGCAGGAUCAAUCCUCAGUCAUUCAGCAUGUUGAAAACUCCGAAUUCGAGGAAAACCCCAAGGUUGCCUGGUCUACCAUCUUGGCAGUUUUCUUCAUGGGCCUGACUUACAUACCCGCCAUCGCAACGGCAUUUCUCAUGCCGACUCAGAUCAUUCAACAAAUUGGAAGGGAUCUCGGAGACACAGAUAACAUUGCUUGGAUUCCUGGUGGUUGGUCCAUCGGCGCAGCUGUGUCAUUCUCCGUUGCUGGAGGCCUGAGCGACGUCUUUGGUCGACGAUGGGUUCUUUUGAGCGGCCAGACUAUCAUCCUGGUCGGUGCAAUUGUUUGCGCUCUUGCUGAGUCGACAUUACGAAUUGUAACCGGAACUACUCUCGUAGGGUUUGGCGCCGGCGUUAUCAUGGUAGCCUAUCCUGGUAUCAGCGAGCUUCUCCCGAACAAAUACAGAGGAAUUGGCAUUGGAUGGACCGAGUUCUGCAUCACUAUCCCAUGGGGCUCUCUCAGUGGCCUGAUUGCAACCCAACUCUACAUCAAGGCAACCUGGAGAUGGUGUUACUACAUCACCAUCAUGUACGCUGCUGUGUGUCUGGUCGGCACCUUCAUCUGCUACUUCCCUCCGUCACGCCCGCAGCACGACUACGAGAAAACACGAUGGCAACAAGUCAAAGAACUCGACUAUAUCGGACUACUGCUCUUCGCCACCGGUCUCACCUUAUUCCUGGUCGGCAUCACGUUUCUUGGUGCUGCUCACAGGUCCACAGCACUUGUGGCAUCGUGCAUCUCGAUAGGUGCUUGCGUUUUUAUCGCGGCAUUUAUCUAUGACUUUACUAUCGCGAAGAAGCCUCUUUUUCCUCUCAAGCUCUUCCGUAUGUAUAGGGAGUUCACUGUUUAUCUUGUGAUUCUUUUUGUUUGCGGUAUGAUCUGGCAGGCAAUGAUCACGCUUGGUAACCAGGGGACUUUAUUCAUGUUUACCAACGAUCUUGCUGAGAUUGGCUACAUAUCUAUUCCUGCCAAUGUCUCGGGUAUCAUUGGAGGUUGGAUCAUGCCCACGUUGGUUCACAAGAUCAAGCACAUCCGGUAUCAAUUCCUUUUCGCCCUUCUCCUCCAAACUGCAUUCACCGCGUCAUACGCCAGUGUGAUUCCUCACAACAAGAACGGUUGGAUGCUCUUGCCCAUGUUCGGUCAGGCCUGUUUUACCUGGCUUACCGUUUUGUCUUAUGUCUCAUCUGGUUUGUUGGUUCCGCAAGAGGAACUCGGAGUCUCAGCCGGACUGAUGGGAACGUUCCGCAGCGCUGGUGGAUCAUUGGGCAACGCCAUGUUCAGCACGAUUGUGACUUCUAUCAUUAAUCGAGACCUUGCUAAGAACAUUGCUGGGGCUGCUGUUGGCGCGGGGUACUCUGCGAAAGACUUGCCAUCUCUGAUCCCUGCAGUCAUCCAGAAUGCGGUUGGUGUGCCUUUCGCCAUGGCCAAGGUACCAGGAGUUACAGAGUCAGUUCUCCACGCAACGAAUAUCGCUUUCAAAAACACCUACGCAAAGGCAUUCAGAACCGUGUUUUUGUCUACAAUUCCUUUGGGUGUGGUGGCAAUGAUUGCGGCCGCCUUUAUCCACGAUCCAAGCCAUUUGCUCAACAAUCAUGUUGCCGUCCAUCAAGAGAAGGAAGUCCUUGGAAAGAAGAAUGAGGUAGAAAUGACUGGCAAGGAGAUUGAUUAG